AUGCAAACCCCAGACGAGAAACCCUACCCCGACGAGAAGGCCGUGGGCCUUGCCCAGCGGGACCAAGAUGGGGACGAUGACUUUCCAGCAAAGGCUCUGGAGCCGUUUGGUAAUGAAGACUCGGCGGAGGUGAAGUACCGGACUAUGAAGUGGUGGCACUGUGGCAUGCUCAUGAUCGCGGAGAAUGUCUCCAUCGGCAUCCUCUCGCUCCCGUCCGCCGUAGCAACCCUUGGAAUGGGACCAGCGGCCGUCAUGAUCGUGUUCAUUUCCGCCCUGUCAUGGUACACGGGGUACGUCAUCGGACAGUUCAAGCUGCGACACCCAGAGAUCCACAGCAUGGGCGACGCCGGCGAACUCCUCAUGGGCCGGUUCGGCCGCGAGCUGCUGGGCCUCGGCCAGCUGCUGCUCCUGAUCUUCCUCAUGGCGAGCAACAUCUUGAUGUUCAGCAUCUUGAUGAACGUGCUUACUGACCACGGGACCUGCUCGCUGGUAUUUGGUGUCGUCGGGCUGGUGAUUUGCUUCCUCGGCGCUUUGCCGCGCACUAUGGACAAAGUGUACUGGAUGUCUUGCGCCUCAUUCGCCAGCAUCUUCGUAGCGACCAUCAUAACCAUGGUCGCCAUGGGCGUGGAAAGCAAAGGGCCCAUCCGCCUCGAAUCCACCACCGAUGUGAGCUUCCGGGAUGGGUUCCUCGCAGUCACCAACAUCAUCUUCGCAUACCUCGCCCACGUCGCCUACUUCGGCUUCAUGUCCGAAACCGAAGACCCGCGGACCUUCCCCAAGUCGCUGGCCAUGCUCCAGAUCGUCGACACGGUGCUGUAUCUCAUCUCCGCGCUGAUCAUCUACCGCUUUGCUGGGCCGGACGUCGAGUCCCCGGCUAUUCUGUCCUUGCACCCGUUGAUGGGGAAGAUUGCGUGGGGAAUAGCCAUUCCUACUGCCACCCUCUCCGGCGUCGUCCUCGGCCACGUCGCCUGCAAAUACAUCUACGUGCGGAUCUUCCGCGGCUCGGACAUGAUGCACCAGCGCAGCUUCCUAUCGAUCGGAUCGUGGGUAGCCAUCUGCUUGGUCGUGUGGGUGCUUUCGUGGGUCGUCGCCGAGUCGAUUCCCGUGUUCAAUAAUCUGCUCAGUUUGAUUAGUGCACUUUUCGGAAGUUGGUUCAGUUUUGGCCUCCCGGCUAUAUUCUGGCUGCAUAUGAAUCGCGGCCGGUACUUCCAGACGACAGCCAAGGCUUGUUUGACGGUUGUCAAUGUGUUGAUUUUGGGGAUUGCGUGUGCUAUAUGCGGUCUGGGACUAUACGUAUCCGGCGUUGCUAUCCACGAAGACUCGUCGAAUAGCAGCUGGUCGUGCGCCAAUAACGUGUGA